GGAGCGCGCUGGGCGGCGGGAGCUGUGAUCCCGCCGGGCUCCGCCGCGCCGGCCAUGGAUCCCUCGCCCAAGGACGGCGAGAGCGCGGCGGCCGCGGAGCCCAGCCGGGGCGGCGCGGCCCCUUCCAGCGGGGUGGUGGUGCAGGUCCGGGAGAAGAAGGGCCCCCUGCGCGCCGCCAUCCCCUACAUGCCGUUCCCCGUGGCUGUCAUCUGCCUCUUCCUCAACACCUUCGUGCCGGGGCUGGGAACGUUUGUAUCCGCUUUCACCGUGCUGUGCGGAGCCCGGACUGACCUCCCUGACAGGCACAUGUGUUGUGUCUUCUGGCUGAACAUUGCUGCUGCUCUGAUUCAGAUCCUGACAGCGAUCGUGAUGGUUGGCUGGAUUAUGAGUAUAUUUUGGGGGAUGGACAUGGUCAUUCUUGCAAUCUCACAAGGCUACAAGGAACAGGGGAUCCCACAGCAGCUGUAGUGGCUGGCACAAGUAUGGUCAGAGAAACACGGCGAGAGAUUUCCUUUGGCAGCUGUGGGCCAUGGAACUUUUUAUUACCCUUUGUCUCUCUUCUUCUUCCUUUUGUUUUGUUUCCUUCUGUUUGAACCUGGUUCAUCUGCCCGUCCAGCGGAGCGGAGAUGCAGAGCAGCCGGUGGAGACUUGCACUGAUCCCACUGAGCAGCGGAGAUGAGGCAAGCACGGCAUGGGUUGGGACUGGUCCUGACCAGCACGUGGUGGGCAGCAGACGAGGAGGAGGACGGUGCCAGGAAAAGGAAACACCCUUGGUGAAGGAUGCACCUGGGCAGGCAGCCGAACCGAGGCAGUGGGAGAUGCUGCUUUCCCUCUCCUCCUAGGGGGAGGUCACUGAAGACGUUUUGCCUCCUUUCUAUGCUCACUGUUAAAGGAAACUGGCUGUGAACAUCAGCUGCCAAGGAGCUGUUCAUAGAUACCUGUACAGUGUGUAAAAGCCAACCAGUGGUACUUUUUCCCGCCCCAAGAUUCCAUCUUUGACUGCUUUGCAGUAGUGGAGGGUUCAGCACAGCCUCCUCUGCUGUCUGUAUAUACGAUACUCAAUGAAGUUAUGUCCUCACAGAUGUCUUGAGAAACGUGCUUGCUGUAAAUCGUAUUGUACUGCUGAAGUGAUCUGGGGGCGUCCCCUGCUUCCAUCUGCUGCCACCAUGCAAAGACCAGACCUCCCGCCAGCCCUGGGGAGACUUUAUCCAGCAAGGGACCGGUGCCCCGCAGCUCCUCUAGGGUGGCGGGUGCAGCCACGUGCUGCCAAAAGCUUCUAGUGUGAAACAGUACUGGGGGAGCCAAAACCCGAGGCUUUUCCUCCCUCUGAAAGAGACUUGCUGGCAGUGUCUCCGUGAUUUGGAAAUGGAUCCCCUUACGGCGUGACGUGUGCUCCUGGCUCAAGCAGUGUCCCAGCUCCGCUUCCCUGGGGGUCAAAUUAGUCACCCAGCACUUUUACACCUCUUUCCGAAGCACUGCAGAGGGAGGCCACCUCUUCUGGGACAACACCUCCACCAACACCAGGGCUGGAUAACUCAUCCUGAUUGCAGGAGCUGUGCCAUGAGGUGCCACACCAUUACUGCCAACCAGCCCUGCCUCCUUGCCAGCGCAGCCAGAGGUCACAGCCCCGAACACUUCAUCUGGUCCAAAGUGCAUGGCACCCAGCUAUCCCAAUGCCAUCACCUGCUUCAGAUGUUUUAGAUGCAAAUUUUACAGCUCAAGAGUGAUAGUGGGUAACAACGAAUAAAUGCAGUUGCUUCACUCCCAUCUGUCAGCAACACAGAAUUUUCUGCUGCUCUUUUCUGAUUGUGAAAACCAGGUUUCUCAAAAAACCAAAAAAAAAAAGGGCUUUAAUGAAAUAGUUCUAUGGUACUUGAACCCAGCCGGGCUGAACAGCUGAUUUACUAGUCACUGGAAAGCAAUUCCAGGUAGGACCAAACCAAAUGUGUGUUUGAAAUGUGUGGCCAGUCGAAAACCAGUUUCAUCACUCUGGGCCAGCCCAACCAUUGCAACACAGAGCACAUUAACAUUUUUUCCCAGUUUGUUGGUGUUGCCAAAUCCGUCUUUACCAUGGAAAAGGUGCUAUGGCAGAUGACCCCCACUCUCCUAGCCCUUUGCCUGACUAGCUCAGCAUCGCUCCCAGCCAUGGCACACAUGCCUGGAAAUUGCAGCUGGAAGGUCAGCUGGGAAUGGCUCUGGCAUGCAGCCAUGUGGUAGGGAGUGUUUAGAUGUGCUAGGUAACCCCAUCUGUGCCACAUCCUGUGCUUCCCAAGACACAAAGCUGCAUGGUCCUCCCUACGUCCGUUUACUGUCACACAUUUUAUUAAAGAUCUUUCAGUUCUACUGGAAAUUGCCCCUUGUCAUAGUCUUGCCUUGAGUAUUGUGCCAAGCUCUGUGGACAGGAGAGUCACAGUCCCAGUAUUCUUUAGGGGGACCGUUUUAUUCCACCCUUGCCUUGCCUCCUGCUUGUUUUGGGAUGACCCCGCAGUUCACGUACAUGCACAUACUCCAGCCAGGGUGUAAUUUAUUGCUAUUCAACCCAAACUGCAUCCACUGCAACACACCACCAAGAGUUCAUUUAAAGCCCAGAUACAAGGAGACCUGUAAGCUUGGCUAGAUCUGAUAUUCCUCCCAGUUAAAAGCAGUGGCUUCUCCCACAUGCUUGUGUGGUAACACGGCCCUGUACGUUCUAGCAGACUUCGCUUCACACUUGCACACACUUUGAGGCAGUGCUGCAAUUUAUUUCCCAAACUGGCACUCAGCAUUUCCAUCCCCCCAUGGGAGCAGCAUGCUGCGAAACCCCAGGUCACAGUGGCACCAGCUGAACCAGGCUUAAUUACAGUGAAUCCCACUAGAGCCCAUGCCCCCUACAAGCUAUUCUUCCUCCUCUUGUCAUCCCUAAGCCAAGCUAAAAUUCAAAUCCUCCUUCUCUUGCACCCACCCACUGACUAGAGGAAAGCGGAAACACCCAAUCCUCACUGCUGGAAUGGUGCAGUGGGAAGUGGAAGGCUUCACUUAAGCUCCAGGACUGGCAAGGCGAGAGUAGCUGAAUCCAUCUUCCAGCUCUAAGGAUGCUUUCAGCAGGCAGGUGAGAGGGAGUGGAACAUUUUGGCUUGGGAUAAAAACAGGGGCUCACCAUUACCAGCACUGCCUGGAGGUGAUGGCAGCUCUCUCCCAAAUACCCAACAGGCGAUCUCACCCAGACCCACAGCCCCGCCUCCACUCACCACACGCAGACGCAGGCGCUGCUCCAGAGGCUGGGAGGGGGAUAAGUUUUCCAUUGCUGGCUCAAGUCCGUGUUCUCCUUGGUUUUGGCCAUGCAUGGGUACUUCAGAUUUUUCCACCCUAGGAAGGAGGGAGCAAGGGCCUGCCCACCUGUGUCAUUUGCACCCUGCUGGUGAGCCCACCUUUUGUUUUCGCACUGAAGCCCAAACUAAGGGGUUGCCGAGGACCAUUUGUAUGCCUGUUUAUAUCACCAAGUAUUGGAUUGUGACUUCUCGUGUUUUGAUACUGUGGAUUUUUUUUUUUAAAAGUUAAAUAUAUUCUAUUGCUGGACAGCUGGAAC